GAAUGCCGAGCGAACUCCUCCUCCCCCGCCAACCAGCGACUCUUUAAAGCAGGGAUUCUAGCCCCAGCUGUUUAGACCCGUGAGACACGAGUAGGAGCCGCAUAUGGGGUAGUUGUCUCCGAGGGGCGGCAAAGAAAAAGGAUUAGCCAUGUCGUCUUUGAUCAGAAAGGUGAUCAGCACCGCGAAAGCCCCAGCGGCCAUUGGUCCCUACAGUCAGGCUGUGUUAGUCGACAGGACCAUUUACAUUUCAGGACAGCUAGGCAUGGAUCCUGCAAGUGGACAGCUUGUGCCAGGAGGGGUGGCAGAAGAGGCUAAACAAGCUCUUACAAACAUGGGUGAAAUUCUGAAAGCAGCGAGCUGUGACUUCACGAAUGUGGUAAAAACAACUGUUUUGCUGGCUGACGUAAACGACUUCAAUACUGUCAAUGACAUCUACAAACAAUAUUUCCAGAGUAAUUUUCCUGCAAGAGCUGCUUACCAGGUUGCUGCUUUGCCCAAAGGAGGCCGUGUUGAGAUUGAAGCAGUAGCUGUCCAAGGACCUCUCGUGACAGCAUCACUCUAAGUGGGCCCAGUGUUAUUUAGCCUGGAAUUUUAAUAAUGUUUUUAAAUUAACGUCUUAAUUUUUACAGUAUUUGUUGGAAAGUGUAAGGUUGACUGAAAUAUCUGAAGUUAUUAUGGAAAUACCAUAUAAUAAGGGGAAUUGAACAUGAGUUGAAGAUUAAUGAUGAAUCUAGUUACUGAUGUUAUAAAUUACACUUCUGUAGCACUCAUAUUACUGGAUGUGGGAAAAGAGACACACAUUAAAUAGUUACUCAGAAAAAUAAAAGUAAAGGGAAAUAGCAUGUAGGAAAGAUGAGUUACUAUUCCUGAGAAAUAAUAAAGAGCACACCUAAUUCAAUUAAACUCUAUUAAUUUAAUGAUGUGAACUAUUUAGUUCUCAUGUCAGAUACAUGAUUCUGCUUUUACUUGAGUAAAAUUAAAACAUUUAAGUUUGAAUGGUAGAGGUAAAGGAGAAGAAACUGGACCAAAUUUUAUAUGGAUAAUAUUUUUCUAAUGGAAAUAAAAUAGCAUGCAGA